UCAAUAUUAGGGUCUUAAAGUCCAAAAAUUAAAAAAAAAAAAGAAAAAAGAAAAUUUUUAGGGGGUCUCUCUCCACGUUGUUAUCCAAACGGUUCUUUUCCGCGUCAGUUUCCUCUGCUUCUCUCUCUCUAAAUUCUAUCUCUCUGCUCCGAAAAAACAUGAAAUAUUCCAACGAAAAAAAAAUCAUAGUACAAAAUCAAACAAAUAAAACAAAGAAAAGGGUUUUUGAAAUUUUCGGUUGAUUCCGUACUUUACCUUCCAAGUUGCAAAAAACCGAAAGUUUCAAAUUCCAUACAAAUUUUCAUAAUAUUCAUACCUUUGAUUCCACCAUACCUUUCUCUUUCAGCUCUUUCUCAAUUCCGUUACAGAGAGCCAAAAAAAAGACCAAAUCUUGUUUCACAUUGCGUUUAGGAGCUGGAAUCGUAGCAAUUUCUGGGUCUUACUCUGUUUUUGCAUUUGGAGGCUGUGAUCAGAAGAAAAUCAUAUCAUAUGUACAAGAUUAUAGAGAUAUAUAUGUGGGUUUUCUAUGUUUUUAUAUAUAAUUCGAUGAGAUGAGAAAAAUUGUAUGUGAAUUGAACAGUGAAUUGGGAAGCAUUGGCAGCAAUGGACACGAGGAGAGUCCGUUCUGUGACUGUUUUCUUUGUUUUUGUUUUUGUUUUCGCGUUGGCCGCAGUGCGUUCGGAAGGCAACCGGAAAAUUUUAGGAACCCUUUUCGGCAAUGGAGUCCCUUGGAUUUCUCCAGAGCUAGACUCUGACACGGCAGAGCAGGCGUGGAUUCAUUGUAGGAAAGAAAUGGAGGACAGUACAGAAGCUGCUCAAGGUUUUGACUUCUAUCUUCCUGCCCAAGUGAAACAAACUCUUUCAGAUUGUUUAAGAAGAAAAAUUUUUCCAUUUCGCGCAUCUGGUAAAGUGGCGGACUCUAGGGCAUGGUUUGAAAAAUGCUUAGAGUUUCUAUUUGGUUGGUCUAAUGUUCCCCGUAGGUACCUUGUAAGCAAGUCACAUAUAGCAGGAAGUCCUGCUCCUGCUCCAGGUCCUUUAGCCGCAUCGCCUGCCUAUGCUCCAUCACCAUCCUAUCUGUCACCUGCCAGCUCACCAUCUCCAAUACCUGAGCCCCCCGCCGAGGGCCCACCUCCUCCACCAAAAGUUAAUCGUCCUCCACCACAUAAAAUCAAUCUUCCUCCACCAAGAUCACGUCCCCCUCCACUGAAUAAUGGUGACAACCAAAAAAAGUAUAUGAUCGUAGGUAUAGCUGCAGCUGCCGUGGUAUUACUUGUCCUUGUUGCUGUGCUCUUAUGUUGCUGUCUUAGGAGAAAGAGAAAUAAAGCUGGUCCUGAAGAAGGACAAAGAGAUGAGAAACCUCUUCUCAACAUUGGCCUAAACAAUGCGCCUGGACAAAAGAACUCAUCGGUUGUUAACAAUCUGUCUGUUGAUAGUAAUGCUUCUUCAUUGGUCCUAGCUCAAUCAUCUGGAGCUACUGGAAGUGUGUCUGGAACCGCUAAUGCACUGUUACCACCUCCUCCAGGAAAAACAGCUCCGCCACCGCUCCCCGGGCCACCUCCUCCGCCACCACCUAAACCUCCUGCUCCCAGACCUCCACCACCUCCAAGAGCUGUUCGCCCUCCACCAGUUCCACUAGCUAAAUCACCUCUUGGACCACAUCAUCGAGGACAUUCUUCUUCGGGUGGAGGAGAUGACCUAACCAGUGAAUCUGACAGCCACAAAACCAAGUUAAAGCCGUUCUUUUGGGACAAGGUUUCUGCCAACCCUGAUCAUUCAAUGGUUUGGCAUGAACUUAAAGCUGGGUCAUUUCAGGUUAAUGAGGAGAUGAUGGAAACUCUAUUCGGUUAUGCGUCAGCUGAAAAGAACAAGAAUGAACGUCGUCAGAAAGAUCCAUCAUCCUUUGAAAAUGUCCGCCAGUUUAUCCAGAUUAUAGAUCCUAAGAAGUCACAAAAUUUGGCAAUUCUUCUAAAAGCAUUGAAUGUGACAACCGAAGAAGUCUGUGAUGCACUUAAGGAAGGUGACUCUCUCUCUCCUGAGCUGGUUCAAACUUUGUUAAAGAUGGCACCAACAACAGAAGAAGAACUGAAGCUUAGGCUAUACAGCGGAGAUCUUUCUCAUCUUGGACCCGCUGAACGGUUCCUAAAAGUCAUGGUCGACAUCCCAUAUGCAUUUAAACGGAUGGAAUCAUUGUUGUUCAUUAGCUCUCUUCAGGAAGAUUUAUCUGCCAUUAAAGAGUCUUUCGAAACUUUGGAGAUAGCUUGCAAGGAGCUCAAAAACAGCCGACUUUUCCUGAAACUCUUAGAAGCGGUUCUCAAAACUGGCAAUCGCAUGAAUGAUGGUACUUUCCGUGGUGGUGCUCAAGCAUUCAAGCUUGACACACUCUUGAAAUUGUCUGAUGUUAAAGGGACAGAUGGCAAGACCACGCUCCUCCACUUUGUUGUUAAGGAGAUUAUUCGAUCAGAAGGAGUAAGAGCUGCACGUGCAGCAAGACAGAGCCAGAGCAUUUCCAGCGUAAAAACCGAGGAUUUUCUUGAGGAUUCUAAUCAAGAAUCUACAGAGUACUAUUGCAACCUCGGUCUUCAAGUAGUUUCUCGGUUAAGCAAUGAUCUAGAGAAUGUAAGAAAGGCAGCGGUUGUAGAUGGUGAUAAUCUCAUGACGACAGUGUCCAAAUUGGGUCACUCGCUAUUAAAAGCUAGAGAUUUCCUAAAUAACGAAAUGAAGGGUUUAGAAGAUGACAGUAAGUUUAAAGAUACUCUAGCAAAUUUUGUGAAGAAUACUGAAGUUGAGAUCACGUGGCUGCUAGAGGAAGAGAAGAGGAUAAUGGGUACGGUGAAGAGCACAGAAGAUUAUUUCCAUGGGAAUGCGGGAAAGGAUGAGGGCUUGCGGUUGUUUGUAAUUGUGCGUGAUUUCUUGAUAAUGUUGGAUAAGGAAUGUGUGGAGGUGAGAAAAUCAGCAGUGUUGCCUAACAGGACUCCCAAGAAAGAGACUCCCUCAGUGCCGCCUUCUUUGGAAAUUAAUCAGUCAAAUUUAGCCGAUGUUCGCCAACGAUUGUUUCCAGCAAUCAGGGAUCGUCGGGUGGAUGAUUCCAGUUCAGAUGAUGAGAGCUUAUCCCCGUAGCUCUGUGUUGAUAGAUACAGUUUCAGGUGGCUAUGAAGUCUCGGCAGAGGAUGGUCAGAAUUAUGUUGUCCUGCAAUAACACGUGAAGCUUCGAGUCCUCCUUUUGAAUUUUUUGUUAAAUGGAAAUUAUUUUGUUCCUGGAAGAGAAAAUAGUUCCAACUGAGGCAAGAGAGAGUCACUGUAGUUAUUGUCGUGCUCAUAGCCAGCACUUUGUAUCUAAAUGUAUUUUUAGUCUGUUUAUAUUGACCCUUUGUUUAUAACAGACCUAACUGUUUCCAUGAAAUUGUAUGGUUGUUUUUCGCCUUUUUAUAUUUGAUGAAUAUUUGAGCCUGUAAAGUAUGAAAACCAGAAAUUUUUUAGCAUGAACAUUCCUUU